AUGUCCAAUAAAAAGAAGAUAACAAUUCUGUUAUUGGGUGAGUCGGGUGUGGGAAAGUCGACUUUCAUCAACGCAUUCGUUAAUUAUAUAACAUAUGAGAAUAUGUACCAGGCUAAGGAAAAGCCAAUUUGUUUCAUACCAGUAAACUUCACAAUUGCCGACAGAGAGACAUACCGAUUAAGGACAGUGACCCUGGGCACACAAGAUAAUAAUGAAAACACACAAGAUGCUACUGAAUCGGCCACUCAAUAUCCCAAAUGCUAUAAGUUUGCGAUUGGCAAUGUUACACUAAAUAUAAUCGACACUCCGGGUAUUGCCGAUACCAAGGGUAUUGAUAAGGAUAACACAAAUAUGAGAAACAUUUUGAACUUUAUUAGCAAUUAUCGGGAAAUUAAUGCCAUUUGUGUUCUCCUGAAGCCUAAUAACGCGAAAUCUGCGGCCGAUAAUAUCCUAUUCCUGUUCACCAACGCCCGGUCCACACAAUACGCACCGGGAGAUACCGGACCCGCAUUAAUAACAUUGUUGGAUCAAAUCAAAGAGAGACCUCCGUUUGUGGACAUACAGUACGGCAAACCUACGAUCUAUUGCUUCGAUAACGAGGCCUUUCGGUUCGCAGUGGCGUCGGCACCGCCUAAUAACAUGGUGUUUGACGAUGUGGUAACACGUGAUUACGAAAUGAGUUGGCAGGGUUCAGUAAAAGAAUGCGAUCGAUUAUUGGAGCGCAUAUUAUCGCUACCACCCCAUAAGGUGAUGGACACCCUAUCCCUCAAUAACGCCAAACAGAAUAUACUUCUAUUGACUCAACCAUUGGCUGACAUCGCAAAGAAUAUUUCGGAUAACGUUAAGCAAUGCGAACGACACAAACAACGAAUCCAUGAGUUCACGGGUGAUAUCAAUGCCACAGCAAGGGAAGCGAGCAUGGCGCAGCAAGAUCAAAUUAAGAAAAUUAAAUUAAAAAUUGACGAGUUGACCAUCGAGAAUAAUUUGAUUACAAAGUGCAUGGCUAAGUUCGCGUGUUUCCUGAAAAACAACGCCCUGACCCCUUUCAACGACGCCUUCGAAGAUUACGUGAACGUUAUCAUUGAGAAUGAAAAACAAGGUGGCAGUAAAGUGACCAUCGACAAGUUGGAGCAAAUGUUGAAACGUUAUAAAUAUGAAAAGGAUGUCAUUGUGGAUGCCAUGAAGAAAAGCGAUCAGGGUACUAUAUCGGUUGAAGACAUUGAUCAAGUUAUUAAACAACUGUGCGGUCUGAAAUGGAAUGGACCGACUAUUAGCAAGCUGUUGGCCACACAAAUUCAGUCAAAGGCUCAGAGUCACGCUUAUAAUGAGCAACACAUAAAUUCUGGACCCGGAUUCACCGCAACGUUUGGGAAACUUACUAAAUACAGGAAUAUGUCAUCGAAAAGGGUGAUAACAAUCCUAUUGGUGGGUGAGCCGGGUAUUGACAAAUUUGUUUUCAUCAACGCAUUUGCCAAUUAUAUAACGUUUAAAGACUUUUACGAGGGAAGCGAACAACCAAUUUGCAUAUUUCCUAUUGAUAUAAGUAUAGUGGACGCUGAAACGUACGAGGUCAAAAAUAUAAAACUCGGAAAUUCUGAUAACAUGGUAACUGGAAACACAAACGAACCGACCACACCCAAAUGCUAUAGCUUUUCAACCAAUGAUAUUCAACUCAAUAUUAUCGAUACCCCGGGUAUUGUGGACAUCAAUGGCGAAGAUAGCGUUAACACUAAUAACACAAAUAUAAGAAAUCUGUUGGACUUUAUAAGCAAUUAUCGGGAAAUUAAUGCCAUUUGUGUGCUCUUAAAGCCAUCCGACACUAGGGUUGACGUGAUUUUCAAGUAUUGUUUGUCACAAUUGUUGAGUCACUUGAACAGAUCGGCCGCCGAUAACAUACUGUUCCUCUUCGCCGAUACCUAUAAACCGGGAAAUUCUGCUUCAAUAUUAAUAUCUGAAUUGAGUCAUUUCAGGGAAAAUACCCCUCAUAUAGAUAUAAAACAAAGUAAACAGAUCAUUUACUGUAUAAACUACGACCCAUUCAGGUACAGUGUAGCGUCAUCAUCGCCCAAUAACAUGGAUUUGGAUAAAAAUAUCAAAGCUGACCAGGAUAUCAAUUGGAUGAAGUUAGACCAAGAGUAA